CUUUCUUAUCUCCAUUCACAACAGCAACAGAAAUUUCACACUUUUAUUCAUUCUCUGCAAAUACAUAGAUUUCUAAGAGAAGAAAACUCACUUUCAUAAUUAUUUCAAACAUACUAUAUUUUCCAGUACUAUACAAAGACAUCAUAUAUGAUGAUGAUGAAUGGUAAGAGAAGUAGAGAAGAAAUGGAAGAUAACACAGCAAACAUGGCAACUUGUUUGAUGUUAUUAUCACGAAACGGAGGAGGAGAUCAGAUCGACUAUCGACCGUUCAUUCAGGCACAGACGAUAUCGACAAGUUCAAAAAGCCGUGUUUAUGAGUGCAAAACAUGCAAUAGACAGUUUCCGUCGUUUCAAGCACUUGGGGGACAUAGAGCGAGUCACAAAAAACCUAAAUUGGCAGACCAAGUAUCAUCUGAUGAUCUAAGUAGCCAACAACAAGUGACGAAACCGAAGAUUCAUGAAUGUUCAAUUUGCGGGUUAGAGUUUGCGAUUGGACAAGCUUUGGGUGGGCAUAUGAGAAGACAUAGAGCUGCCAUGCUUGAAUCUUCAUUGACAACAACAAAAACAGCAGUAUUAUCACCCUCUUCAUCAGAUAUUACAACUGAUACCACUGAAAAACAACAAGUACCUGUAUUCAAGAGGUCGAAUAGUAGCAGGAGAAUUUUGGGUCUGAACUUGGAUCUAAAUAUAUCUGAUCCUCUGCCUACAACAACAACAAAAGAUAGCAAUGAUUUUGAGUUCUCAUCUCUUGUAUCAGCAACCAAACAGAUGUCCACGACACCCGUUAUUUACAGUUUUAUUUGAUUAUUUUGUACACUAUACCUCCUAGGUAGCUCUAGAUUUUACAUAGAAUUCAUCCUUGUACUAUUCCCAUCAAAUUCUAUGUGUAUAAACAGUGUAACUAUUUGAUUUUGGUUAAAACGAGAAUUUUUGUACUUUCAUCUAGGCUCCGCUUUA